AUGCUGGUGUUCGCAAUAGAGUAUCAGUUAGCCAUUGACAGUGUUACAGCAGACAAAAGUGCAAACCUGCGCAAGUUUGAGUUGGAUAAGAAUGAGUGGAUCAUUGCUGGACAGCUGCACAGCACGUUGAAGAUAUUCAAAGAUGCCACAUUAUUUUUCUCUUGUUCCACUCCCAGUCUUGUGACUGUGAUCCCUGCAAUGGAUCACAUUGACGAAAUGCUCACCCACCACUCCCUUAAUCAUGAUUAUCAAUUAUCAAUUUGUGCUGCCCUAGGGAUUGCCAAGAAAACACUCAACCACUAUUACAAUGCUACAGAUCAAUCUGAAGUAUAUUGUAUUGCUAUGGGUACUAAGUCUUUUUCUUUCAGAAUGGUUAUUUACUACUAA